CGAUAACGGACUGCUGAGCCCCUGUAUCGGCAGCGUUACCACUGUAUCUGAGGCUGCCGUGACGAGUCCUGACCAAGUCAAGCCCAGAGCUAGGCGAGCGCCUGAAACAAGCGCAAGAAACUUGUAGGGCUUGGACAAGACAGCCAGGUCCACUGCGCCUCAGGGGGUGGUGACGAAGGUGUUGAAACCCUUGUUCUACCGCCGAACAUGGCCAGUCGCAACGCAGCGCGAGCUCUCUUGCUUGCUGGGCGAGCCAGCGUCAUCCAAGGAUCUGCCUGCGUGGUCGCCACUCAGCGCUUCCUGACACUGCCGGCUGAGGCGCUUGAGGUCCGCGGCCCUACCGAGAAGGCGUCCGUUACGCCGGCCCAGCAGGAAUUCCGCCACGGCUAUGUGAACGGCUACCAACAGCCGUCUUCAAUGGAGGCCGCGCCCGCCGUGCCGCAGUUCGGUGGCCAGACCAUCAACACCACCACUGCGCACCAGUGGGGCAUCAGCCGUGUGCCCUCGCCGCGGGAGCUGGUGCGGGCGCUGGACGCACACGUCAUAGGCCAGGAGCACGCCAAGAAGGUUCUGGCGGUGGCCACGCACAACCACUACAAGCGCAUCAUGAGCACUCGCCGCAACCGCCGUGACGACACGAAUGGUGUGCAGAUGCACGAGUCGCUCACCUACGGCACGCCGCUGACCGACACCGCCGACCCGCGCGCCGCCUUUGAGCGCCACCAACUCCACGAGGCCGGCGGCGGCUCGCGCCACGCCGCGCCCGCGCACCCGCACGGCCACCCGCACGGCCAGCACGAGCCGCCGGGCCACCACUACAGCCGCUACGCGCCGCCCGGCACCAAGGCGGCGCUGGAGGCGCAGCGCAACGCGGACAACCUGCGCUCCGGCUCGGGCAGCCACGGCGGCUCGGGCUGUGCACAGGCCAGUGAGGAGCUGGCGGCGCAGCUGACGGCGCAGGUGGAGCUGGACAAGUCCAACAUGCUGUUACUGGGCCCAACCGGCAGCGGCAAGACGCUGCUGGCCAAGACCCUGGCGCGGCUGGUCAACGUGCCCUUCGCCAUGGCAGACGCCACCACCCUGACACAGGCUGGCUACGUGGGUGACGACGUGGAGUCCAUCCUGUACAAGCUGCUGCAGGCCUGCAACUUCAACGUGGAGGUGGCGCAGCAGGGCAUUGUGUACAUCGACGAGAUCGACAAGAUCGCCAAGCGCUCCGCCGAGGGCUUCACCAUCACCCGCGACGUCAGCGGCGAGGGCGUGCAGCAGGCACUGCUCAAGAUGCUGGAGGGCACUGUGGUCAACGUGCCGGAGAAGGGCGGCCGCAAAAACCCACGCGGCGACUUCAUCCAGAUCGACACCCGCGACAUUCUGUUCAUUGUGGGCGGCGCCUUCGUGGACCUUGACCGCCAGAUGCUGGACACACGCGUGCAGGGCUCCAUGGGCUUUGGAAACAAGGUCCGCCCCGCCGGCACGGGUCGCCCGGGCGGCCCGCGCAUCAACGCCGACAUCCUGCUGGACGUGCAGCACACCGACCUCAUCCAGUACGGCCUCAUCCCCGAGUUCGUGGGCCGGCUGCCCGUGCUGGUAGCGCUGCAGGAGCUGACUGAGGAGCAGCUGGUGCACGUGCUGACGGAGCCGCGCCACGCGCUGUGCAAGCAGUAUGCACAGCUGCUGGCCAUGAACGGAGCGAGGUUUAGGUUCAGCAAGGCCGCGCUGCGCGCCAUUGCGCGGGCGGCGCAGCAGAAGGGCACGGGCACGCGCGGCCUGCGCUGCAUCAUGGAGGGGCUGCUGGUGCACACCAUGUUCGAGCUGCCAGACACAACCGUGCAGAACCCUGUGGUGUUGCUGGAUGAGGCGGCGGUGGCGGACGGCACCGGCGCGCGCAUCGUGAGCGCGGCGGAGGCGGCCGAGGUGUUGGACGCCGAGGACGGCCCUCAGCAGAUUGCGGCCGAGGUGCGGUGAAGCAGGAGCCCGGCGGCUAGGCGGGGGUGGCAGGGGCAGCGGCCGUCAGGUGCGAGGCGGCUCCAGCUGUGAGACGUUGAUUGAAGCGGCGGUUCGGAGCCACUGAGCUUUGUGCUACAAGAGGGGGCGGCGGCGUUGGCGGCGGCUGGCUCCUUUUGCGCGCGCACCUGGACACGUGUGCCGGCCUAGCCGGCCACGCGAGCUUGACAACAUGGCACCCCUGUAGGCAUGCAUACUGCUAGUUAUGAAGGGGGCAAACUGCGCCGCGAAUGUAAAUAAGAUGUAUGUGUUUUGUGUCGUUUACGCAUGAUGACUUGCUCUGCGUGUUGUCGCACAACAAUGUUCAUGGUUGUUGGGUUGUUGUGGUAUGUGGAAGGAUGCGGACGCGCAGGCCCUGUGCUCUACAUACGGGUAUGAUAUGCAGGGCGUCCUGCCUGCAAGGUCCUACUGCAUACUUAUGAAUUGCAUGUAGCCGUGCGCUGUUGUUUCAUUUCAUUUGGUGGGUCGGUGAGGUGGAGAGUUGGCGGCUGUCGUGUAUGCUCGGUGGCCGUUAGAGGAUACGGGCUUUUGAUCGCGAUGCGGUGCGUUCUCUUCCUGUCUUGUGGAGCUGUGAGAGUUCGCGGCCUGGCCUGGCCCGCAGCGCGCAGCGUGCCGUGGGUGCGACAGCCAUGCCCAAAGCUGUCUCCAGAUUCAAACUUGGAUGGCAAGCUGCGGGGCCCUACAAUUACACCAGAGGCCUGCCCCGCCCGUGUGUUCAGUGGUGGGUGAUGCAAAUGGCACACACGUGUCACGGACACGGGCUGUAUUUCAUUGUUCAGACAUGGCACGGUAGUGCCAUGGAGGCACGGCAUGUGCCUUGAUUUUCCGCUCUUGUGUAUUCCUAAAAUACGUCCGGGCUGCAAGUGUACCAUACCACCCAUUUGUUGUAGCCCACGUGUGUAGCCGGUGCGGCUGCGGUGUGGGGCUGCCGUCGCAACUACCUAUGAUGCAGAGGACAGGAUACUGCAAGGAAUCCAUUAGGGCGCUCCGCCGCCAUUGUGCUAAAGCAAUUUGCCCCCCAGGUCAGGAUCCCAAAGUCGGGGCAAUCCUAAAGUGUUUCCGGAAUUCGGGCAGCUUAUUGCACCUCAAGCGCUGCGGAGUGGUGGAUGCAUGGAGGCUGAACCGGGUUGCGAUUCUUUAGUAAAUAGAUAGAUGUGUGGAUGGCGCUUCAGGACUCGCGCGCCCCAUGCACUGAUGCACUGUAACACGCCGCUCGCCAGCCCAGGAGAUGGGAUCAUGGCGAGGAUACUGAUUGGCGAGUGGCCCGAUGGGCCAGCGCGGAUUUACAACAUCCAGCGAGUGGAGCAAGAACCCGGCGGGGACGAGGAGCCCAGGGGUACCUCGUCGUGGGGGCCAAGUCUACCGCCGCCCGUGAUCCCGACCAGCAUCCCGUGACUUGCCACACGCCUCAGCUAUAGCUGACUGCGAACAGGGUUGUAUCGUGCACGACUCGUGUACUGUGCUUAUGUAAAUGCUUUCUGGA